AUGUCUAAGGCAAGAGUUCAGAUUUUACCUGUUGGACAUAGGGUAAUAUUUCCUGGAACAACAGUUCGACUAGCAAUAUCAAAUUUAUCUGACUGUAACAUAUAUAGGUUACGCAUCUGUAUUGAUUUCUCUAUUGGCUAAGGUCAAAUGGACAGCCGAAGGGCUUGGACAUUCAUUCUCGAGAAAGCAAUGCAGGUAUCCAUGGCUGGUUAUGUUUAAAUUCUUAAUUAUUUAAAAUUUAGCCAAAGCAUAAAGAGAAAGCUAAGGAAUUUAAAGAAACAAAUUUAAUAAAUACUAAAAAGUGGCAAUUUUCAAUAAAAUGGAUUUGCCUAAAUUUGGGAAUUAAAAAUGACAUCCCAAAAAAUUUGACAACUGUGAACAUUUUAAUAUUAAACGAGCAAAAAUUUCUCUGCCUUUAUUUUGCCGAACUUUAUGCUAAUUACUAAUUAUUCAAAAAAUAAUUAUAGUCAGUGUCACUAACUAUAUAUAAAACUAUAUCGAAUUAGAUUAAAAAAAUGAUUUUUUAUUAAUAAAUGAAAAUGUCUCUAAAUAGUGAGGAGCCUAGUCUAAGAAGUGCAAGAUAUGAAGUUCAUUAAAGCGGCUGCAUUUUCAAUAAUAUCGAUCUAUAAAGUUUCAUGAGCUAUAUUAAGAUCCCAAAGGCAAAAAAAUUACAAUAAUUGGAAUUCUGCCACAUGAGGAAUCGAAUAAUAAAAAAUUUUACAAUUACGGAACUCUAAUGGGAAUAGUCUAUGAUCAUCCUAUAGCCAAAAGUAAUGAAUAUUCAGAAGAGAAUUCUCAAAGUAACUUUUUUAACAAUCCAAUGUCCUCAUUUUCUAGGAAAGAUUCUCACAUAUUUGCAAUAGGAGUAGAGAGAUAUAAAGUCCUAUCAAUGUCGGAAGAAGGAAAAACCAUAUGGGCAAGUAUACAACUAGAAAAAGACACUAGUACGGAAGUUUCUGAAACACUUAUUGAAGAUUUGCGGAAAAGCGGAAUUCACUAUAUUCAGCAUGUCAGGAUGGCUGAUCCAGUUUCAAGGGAGUAAAACGUAUUUAGACGAAUUAAGCGCAUCCAGGAUGAAAAAAACAUUUCAAACCUGGGAUUUUAUAUUGCAGGCCUUCUAGAAAUUUCAACUGCUGAAAAGCAAGCAAUUUUAGAAAAUUUCAAUUUGGAGGAUAGGACAAACCAAAUAAUUGCACAUGCACUGAAUACGACUGCAGAAGAUCAAAUUCACGAUGAAAUAAAUAAAAAAGUUCAAAAAAUUCUGCAAGAGCAAUUAAAAAAAACCCCGAAACCAAGUGGGUUACCAGAUAUGUCUGAAUUUCAAAGGAUGCUUGGAACUAAACCUUCUGGUACUGACUCAAAUGAUUUUAUUGUAAAAUUUCAAGAAAAAUUGAAUGCUCUUCAAAUGCCAGAGAGUAGCAAAAAAUAUGUUCAAGGAGAGUUAAAUAGGCUAAAAGCUCUUCAGCCCACAAACUCAGAGUACAAUAUGAUUAGAAAUUAUAUAGAAACAGCUGUAGAAUUGCCAUGAAACACUUCAAGCCAAGAUAAAAAUGAUAUUGACCAAGCACAAUCUCAGCUGGAUAAUGAUCACUUUGGAUUAGAAAAAAUCAAAAAAAGAAUUAUUGAGUAUUUAGCAGUCCGUGGGCUAAAAGGAGAUAUGAAAGGGUCAAUUUUAUGCUUUACAGGACCUCCUGGAGUAGGUAAAACAUCCCUUGGAAAAUCAAUAGCCGAUGCAAUGGGUAGAAAGUUCUACAGAAUUGCAUUAGGAGGUGUCAGGGACGAAGCUGAAAUCAGAGGCCAUCGCCGCACAUAUAUAGGAUCAAUGCCAGGAGUGUUUAUUCAUGCGCUUAAAACUUGCGGUACCAAUAACCCUGUAAUUCUUCUUGAUGAAAUAGAUAAAGUCGGUAAAGACAUGGCAAGGGGUGACCCAGCAUCAGCACUUCUAGAAGUUUUAGACCCGUCACAAAAUCACACAUUUACUGAUCAUUAUAUGUCGAUUCCUUUUGAUUUAUCUAAUAUUCUUUUUCUUGCCACAUCGAACGUUAUAGAAACAAUCCCAGCACCCCUUCGUGACCGUAUGGAAGUUAUUGAGCUAACUGGAUAUAGCACUCAUGAAAAACUUCAAAUUGCGAAGAGGUUUUUAGUGGCCAAGCAAGUCAAUGAAAACGGAAUAAAAUUUGAGCUUAUUGAUUUUCCAGACGAGAGCUUGAAUAAAAUCAUUUUGGAGUACACAAGAGAAGCUGGGGUAAGGCAGCUGGAAAGGAGUAUUGGAGCUAUAUGCAGAGGGAUUGCAGUAGAAUAUUCAAAAGCGCUUAAAUCUGGAAAUGAUUAUCAGAAGAAAAUUAUAACAAAUGAAGUAGUGGAAGAAAUUUUGGGAAUUCCGAUAUUUGAUAUAGAGCCUUGCCCAAAUUUUAGGAGACCUCUAGCAUGUGGAGAUAUUCUCCGCAUCCCAUAAAAAAUUUCACAAAUGAAAGCAGAGAGAGAUAUAGUGCUUCAAAUGUAAAAAUAUUUCUUGGAUGUGGAGGAUAUCUCCACAUGCCAAGGGUCUCCCAAAAUUUGGGUAAGGCGCUGUAUAGCUAGGGCAUCUUUUAUUUCGCCUUAGGCUCCCAGCUUUCAUUUCAACUCGAAGAGUGCUUUGCAACCAAAAGCUAUAAAACCAACUCCACUAUUUGGACCAAAAUUUGAUAGCCCAGGCGAGAUAUAAGCCAUCCUGGGCUAUAAUGAUUUAGAAGAACGCUUGAAAUCACCUGGUGUAGCAAUAGGAAUGGCAUGAACUGCUUAUGGAGGAAAAAUCAUGAUAGUCGAAACAUCAAAAUCAUAUGGGUCAGGGAAGCUUAGGAUUACAGGACAGUUAGGAGAUGUGAUGAAGGAGUCAAUAAUUACUGCUAUCAGUUGAAUUAAAUCAAAAUUCCCAAGUUUAGUGAAACAUGAUAAAAAUCAAAAUUCUAGCGAAGGGUUUAGUCAAUUAGAUAUUCACAUACAUUUUCCAGCUGCAGCUGUGCCAAAAGACGGGCCUUCUGCUGGAAUCACUAUUACAACAGCCCUUAUCAGCUUAUUAACUGGGAUAAAAGUGAGAAGUGAUACUAGCAUGACUGGAGAGAUUUCUUUAAAAGGGAAUGUACUACCUAUAGGAGGACUGAAAGAAAAAGUCCUUGGAGCGCAUAGAAUGGGGAUUAAGAGGAUCAUUAUACCAGAAAGGAAUAAAAAAGAUAUUCAGGAUAUACCUGAUUAUGUAAAAAGUGAGUUAGAAUUCAUAUGUGUCAGAAAAAUUGAAGAAGUAUUGGCACAAGCACUUGAGGACAAAACAAUCCUUGCGAAGAUGGAGGUAGAUAACCCCAAGUUAUAG